AUGUCACUGUGGCCGUUCCGUACAGGCAAUGACGAUCGCUUUCAGGUGACCAGCACGGAGGAGACUAUCUACGACGCCAUCAAGGGCGAGCUUCCUCCACACCGGUACGAAACUGAAGUAAGUCGCUACUUGGAGUGGCGCUGGCGUAGGGGUUUAAUUCAAAGUGUCUUUCCAGUGACAUGUUAUAGUGCGGUGUUAGGCGCCACCUUUGGGUUUCGUCAAGCGCGCUCAGAGGGACGUUACAUUGGUAGGUAUAAAGUGCUAUGGCGAUACAGUUCCACCUUUGCUGCUGUGGGUCUCUUGACCACGGCGUUUCAUCACAUGCUUGUGGUGCGUAACAAUUACCAUGAUCGGUUGUUUUACCCAAUGGUAGCGGGUGCGUCGGGGGCCGUUGCGUUGACGCUGGCAUCCCAGAUGGGAAGCAUUACUCAAGGCAUGUUUGCAGGCUCCUUUAUCGGGAUUCUAUACACCGCUGGCUGUUAUGCUAUGACGUACUACCACAAGCAUCGUUUGAAAAUUUUCUUGUCGCAGCAGCAGCUGCAACAAGUGCCUGUCCACAAGGUGUCGCCGGAGCUGCAGCCCAUGUAUAGGGCUUACCUUUAUGAUAACAGGCCACUAGAAGAGAAGGACUUCCUGAAACGACAGGCUGUUGUCUUGUCUUUGGGCGAAGAAGAUAUGGGACUGGACGCCAAACGAGUGAUUCACAACAUGGUUCCUGAGGUUGUGGAUUGGGUGAACUUCCCCGACUGGUGGCCGCUGAAGUUUCCUACCCAGACGGAAGAGGAACGGAUGAUUUUUGAGCGGAAGCGCAACGAAGAGGUGGAGCGGCGGAAACACCUCAUUUUGGAGUCAGAGGAAGGUGCCUUGCUGAAGCGUGUCAACCGAGCCAAACAGUACCGCGAUGCAUAG